CUCCGUCCCCCGUCUCCCCGCCGGGCGCUCAGGGUCGGGAUAAUCUUGCUCGCACCCAAACCACAGCUCUCCCGCGGCUAAUCCUGCCCUCUCCUCUCUCCCUCCCUACCCCGCCCCCGGCCCUUCCUCUCCCGGCGCUGCCCUCUCCCCUCCCCACUCCUCCUGCUCGCCCCCCGGGGCCCCUCCGUCCCCGUCCCCCCGCUGCCGCCGGCGGCCGGGCGGGUGGGUGCGAGGUCGGGGCUGACGGGCACCCCGCCCCUCCCCGGCGGGGCCGUCAUUAGGCUGCCGGUUCAUUACAGGGUAUUGAUUUGUAUGUGCUUCUCCCGGCGCCGGCCGCUCCCGCUGGUGCUGCCGGAGUUCGGGCAGCGCUUCCCGUAGCGGCGGCAGCUCCCACCAAACAUGUCGGCUCCCGCCGGGCCCCGGAGCGGCCCCGCCGCUCCUCAGCCUCCUCCGGCCCCGCAGCCCGAGAUGCCGGACCUCAGCCACCUCACGGAGGAAGAGCGGAAGAUCAUCCUGGCCGUCAUGGACCGCCAGAAGAAGGAAGAGGAGAAGGAGCAAUCCGUGCUCAAGGUCAAAGAAGAGCAAAACCCACAGUCGACACAGUGGUUUCCCUUUAGUGGGAUCACUGAGCUGGUAAAUAACGUUCUUCAACCACAGCAAAAACAGCAAAAUGAAAAGGAGCCCCAGACAAAACUACAUCAGCAGUUUGAAAUGUAUAAGGAGCAAGUGAAGAAGAUGGGUGAAGAAUCACAGCAGCAGCAGGAGCAGAAGGGUGAUGCCCCAACCUGUGGUAUCUGCCACAAAACAAAAUUUGCUGAUGGCUGUGGCCAUAACUGUUCAUAUUGCCAAACGAAAUUCUGUGCGCGCUGUGGAGGAAGAGUGUCUUUGCGGUCAAAUAAGGAGGACAAAGUGGUAAUGUGGGUAUGUAACUUGUGCCGAAAACAACAAGAAAUCCUCACAAAGUCAGGAGCCUGGUUCUAUAACAGUGGAUCACAUGCACCACAGCAGCCUGACCAAGAAGGAAUUAGAGCUCUGAGGAAUGAGGAAGCACCUCAAGAGAAAAAAGCAAAGCUGCAGGAGCAUCCUCAGUACCAAGGACCACCAGGUGACAUAUCCACACAAGCUUUGGACAAAACCAGAUCUCAAGGGCUCACAAGACAAGACUCAAUUAAGAACGGUUCAGGAGUAAAGCAUCAAGUAACAAGUGACACAACAUCAGACAGGAAAAGAAGCCCAUCAAUAUCAAGAGAACAGAACAGAAGAUACGACCAAAGGGACGAGCGAGACGAAUAUUCACAGUAUGCUACAUCAGACAGUGCGAUGCCCAGGUCACCAUCAGAUUAUUCAGAUAGACGGUCACAGCGUGGGCCUCAGUUAUAUGAAGAACCUGAACUGGGUGAUUAUAGGGAUUCCAACAGAAGGAGCCGCAGGCGUUCCAAGGAGUAUUCGGUAGAAGAAGAAGAUGCACAAAACAGGGAAGAAUAUGAAAGGCAGCGGAGAGAAGAGGAAUACCAGGCACGAUACCGAAGUGACCCUAAUUUGGCUCGUUAUCCAGUCAAGCCACAACCAUAUGAGGAACAAAUGCGUAUCCAUGCUGAAGUGUCCCGAGCACGCCAUGAACGGAGGCAUAGUGAUGUCUCAUUGGCAAAUACAGAGUUGGAGGAUUCUAGGAUGUCUAUGCUCAGGAUGGAACGGCCGUCAAGACAAAGGUCGGUGUCUGAGCGCAGGGCUGCCAUGGAAAACCAACGUUCAUACUCUAUGGAAAGAACUCGAGAGGCUCAGGGGCCAAGUCCCAAUCGUCAGAGGACCACAAAUCAUAGCCCUCCUACACCUAGGAGGAGUCCAAUUCCUCUGGAAAGACCAGACAUGAGGCGCUCUGAUUCAUUAAGGAAACAGCACCAUUUGGAUCCCAAUUCUGCUGUACGGAAAACAAAACGGGAAAAAAUGGAGACCAUGUUACGAAAUGAUUCACUUAGCUCAGACCAGUCUGAAUCUAUCAGACCUCCCCCACCAAAGCCCCAUAAAACAAAAAAGGGAGGUAAAAUGCGCCAGGUUUCAUUAAGUAGCUCAGAAGAAGAAUUGGCAUCCACUCCAGAAUAUACAAGCUGUGACGAUGUAGAGAUUGAAAGUGAAAGUGUUAGUGAAAAAGGGGACAGUCAAAGGGGAAAAAGAAAAACUAGUGAGCAGGCAGUUUUGUCGGAUUCUAACACCUUAUCCGAGAGGCAAAAGAAAAUGGUGUGCUUUGGUGGCCACUCUUUGGAAGAGGACUUGGAAUGGUCUGAGCCUCAGAUAAAAGACUCUGGGGUAGAUACGUGUAGUAGCACAACCCUAAACGAGGAACAUAGCCAUAGUGAGAAGCAUCCAGUAACUUGGCAACCAUCCAAAGAUGGAGAUCGUCUCAUUGGUCGGAUUUUGUUAAAUAAGCGACUCAAAGAUGGAAGUGUGCCUAGAGAUUCGGGAGCCAUGCUUGGAUUGAAGGUAGUAGGAGGAAAGAUGACUGAAUCAGGUCGACUCUGCGCAUUUAUCACCAAAGUUAAAAAAGGAAGCUUAGCUGAUACCGUGGGGCAUCUCAGACCAGGUGAUGAAGUGUUAGAAUGGAAUGGAAGGCUACUGCAAGGAGCCACCUUUGAGGAGGUAUAUAACAUCAUUUUAGAAUCCAAACCUGAACCACAAGUGGAGCUUGUAGUUUCAAGACCAAUAGGGGACAUUCCCAGAAUACCUGACAGCACACAUGCACAGCUGGAGUCCAGUUCAAGUUCAUUCGAAUCUCAAAAAAUGGACCGACCUUCUAUUUCAGUGACUUCUCCCAUGAGUCCUGGCAUGUUAAGGGAUGUUCCACAGUUCUUGUCUGGACAACUUUCAAGCCAAAGCCUUAGUAGAAGAACAACGCCUUUUGUUCCUAGGGUUCAGAUAAAACUGUGGUAUGACAAGGUUGGUCAUCAGUUAAUAGUGACAAUACUGGGAGCAAAGGAUCUUCCUUCCAGGGAAGAUGGGAGGCCAAGGAAUCCUUAUGUUAAAAUUUACUUUCUUCCAGACAGAAGUGAUAAAAAUAAAAGAAGAACAAAAACAGUGAAGAAAACACUGGAACCUAAGUGGAAUCAGACAUUUAUUUAUUCUCCAGUUCAUCGGAGAGAGUUUAGAGAACGAAUGUUAGAAAUCACUCUUUGGGACCAAGCACGAGUUCGAGAGGAAGAAAGUGAAUUUUUAGGAGAGAUUCUAAUUGAGUUAGAAACAGCAUUACUAGAUGAUGAACCUCACUGGUACAAACUUCAAACGCAUGAUGUCUCUUCAUUGCCACUUCCCCACCCCUCACCAUAUUUGCCACGCAGACAACUCCACGGCGAGAGCCCCACACGCAGGUUACAAAAUAAAGGCUUAUAUUCAUAUAACUCAGGAUCCAAAAGAAUCAGCGACAGUGAAGUCUCUGAUUAUGAUUGUGAUGAUGGAAUUGGUGUUGUUUCAGAUUAUCGGCAUAAUGGGAGAGAUCUUCAAAGUUCAACAUUAUCAGUGCCAGAACAAGUUAUGUCAUCUAAUCAUUGUUCUCGAUCAGGGUCCCCUCACCGUGGAGAUAGUAUAGGACGGACUAGAUCGUGGUCUCCCAGUGUCCCUCCCCCACAAAGUCGGAAUGUGGAUCAGGGACCACGAGGGACUCGAUCUACCCCUGCGCAUUACAACACCCUGAACCGAAUGGAUAGACACCGAGUUAUAGAUGACCACUACUCCCCCGACAGAGAGAGUCAUUAUGUUACUUUACCUCGUUCCCGGUACACCCAGUCCACAGAUCACCAUUACAGAGAUGUCAGCCAGGAUCACACAAUGUAUCCUCUAUUUUGUGAAGAUGCAAUCAGAUUACUCCGCUCCCGUAAGAUGUGCCGUACCUACUCUGAGGGUGCUUACUAUGAUCUUGAGAGGAGGACUAGACAGGAGAGAAGAGUGCCUAUUUCAUAUUAUGAUGACACAGCCUAUACUCCUGAAAGGUGGUACAAUGGUGCAAGUUCAUGGGCAGAUCAUGUAGUCAAUGGUUCAGCUGAAAAAUAUGGAAGCGAGACAGUGGAUGUUUUUGCUGAUGAAGCUUCCCAUUCAGAAACAGAGCUGAUAGAAGAAGAAUUGAGGAAUUGUGAAGCAGCAGAUAGACAGCCAUAUCAAAGAUCCAGAUCAACAGAGCAACGUCCUAUGCUAGAGCGGACCAACUCCCGCUCCCGAUCCACAGAGCGUCCUGACUCAAACCUCAUCAGGUCGAUGCCUUCAUUAAUGACUGGAAGAUCUGCCCCUCCUUCACCUGCCUUACCGAGGUCACAUCCUCGAUCUGGGUCUGUUCAGACAAGUCCAUCAAGUACUCCAGUAGUAGGGCGAAGGGGCAGGCAGUUACCACAGCUCCCACCCAAGGGGACGUUGGAGAGAAACAAUGGAGACAAGGAGAUAGAAUCUUAUGAAGAAGAAGCGGAAUCAUCAAGGAGAAGAAACUCAGAAGAAAAGAAAGCAGAUCCAGAGAAUGGGGAUACAGGUGCAAUGGAUGUAGAAGAAAGGAAUCGCCAAAUGAAAAUGAGCAAGUACAAACAGGUAGCAGGAUCAGAUUCCAGGCUGGAACAAGAUUAUCAUUCUAAGUAUCGGUCAGGGCGGGAUCCUCAUCGAGGCUCAGACAAUGUUUCCAAUAAGUCUUCGGACAGCGAUGUCAGCGAUGUCUCCGCUGUGUCACGGACAAGCAGCGCUUCACGUUUCAGCAGCACAAGCUACAUGUCCGUCCAGUCAGAGCGUCCAAGAGGAAACAAGAAAAUAAGUGUCUUUACAUCCAAAAUGCAAAGCAGACAGAUGGGCGUCUCAGGAAAGAACAUGACUAAGAGCACCAGCAUCAGCGGGGACAUGUACACGCUGGAGAAGAACGAUGGCAGCCAGUCUGACACAGCAGUGGGCACUGUUGGUGGCGGCAGCAAAAAGAGACGGUCCAGCAUCGGUGCAAAGAUGGUCGCCAUUGUGGGUCUCUCAAGAAAAAGCCGCAGUACAUCACAGCUCAGCCAAACCGAAGCAGGGGGCAAGAAGCUGCGGAGCACCGUCCAGAGGAGCACUGAGACAGGGCUGGCCGUGGAGAUGAGGAACUGGAUGACUCGUCAGGCUAGCCGGGAAUCGACGGAUGGAAGCAUGAACAGCUACAGCUCUGAGGGAAAUUUGAUUUUCCCUGGUGUGAGGUUGGCUGCAGACAGCCAGUUCAGUGAUUUUCUGGAUGGACUUGGUCCUGCCCAGCUUGUAGGACGACAGACUUUGGCAACACCAUCAAUGGGAGAUAUUCAGGUGGGAAUGAUGGACAAGAAAGGACAACUGGAAGUAGAAAUAAUCCGAGCCCGUGGCCUUGUUGUAAAACCAGGUUCAAAGACACUGCCAGCACCAUACGUAAAGGUGUAUCUAUUAGAAAAUGGAGUCUGCAUAGCCAAAAAGAAGACAAAGGUAGCAAGAAAAACUCUGGAACCACUUUAUCAGCAACUUCUAUCAUUUGAAGAAAGUCCCCAAGGGAAAGUUUUACAGAUAAUUGUUUGGGGAGACUAUGGACGUAUGGAUCACAAAUCCUUUAUGGGAGUGGCACAGAUACUUUUAGAUGAACUGGACCUGUCCAACAUGGUGAUUGGGUGGUUCAAACUUUUUCCUCCUUCUUCCCUAGUAGACCCAACUUUAGCUCCUCUCACUAGAAGAGCUUCCCAAUCAUCUCUUGAAAGUUCAACAGGACCUUCUUAUUCUCGCUCAUAGCAGCUGUGAAACUGUUGUCAUAGCAACCAGCGUUACAAAAAAAUAAAAUUACAGGUCGCAAACCCUGGUAACACUGCAUGCUUAAUGUUGUGUCUUCUGAGCCUGUUUCUAGGGCUGCAACGCGAUCCUGUGUUCUCAAGGAAGUUGCACACAUUGUGCCCUACAGAAGGCCCUCAGGUGAUGGACUGAAAUCAUGAAGAACUGAUAGGUUUGGAGUUCAGGGACUCAGUUUUGGUCCAAUCUGAAGCCAUGGACUAAACUAAAAGAAUCAAUCUGUUUCAUGCAACAAAAGUCCUUUUCAAUAGCAUAUCUGUUUUGUUGCUCCCGUUUCUUUAUUUAUCUGCCCUCCCCUCCUAAAGCUUGGUUAUGCCACAGAAAUGGAGUUACCCUCCCAUGAAGCCACGUUACAAGUCAGUGGAAUAACAGACCCUGGAAGAAAAGAAGAAUGUAAGGAUGCUGGAAAAGUCAACUGGCACUUGCAGCAGUUGCUUGAGAUCUGAAAAAUCUUCACAUUGAAAAGGUUCAAGACUUACAGUGGCGGGCUUCAUACCUCCAGCUGUUCACACAGUGAAAUCCCAGACAUGAUGGACUCUCUGAAAAAUAAAAUUCUGUGGAUAUACUGUACUGUAUGAAAUUAAGAAACUUUUUUGCAUGGACAGAGAUUUAGCUGAACACUUAAAUUAUUUUCUUGGGGCUGCAACUUGCAAAAAAAAAAAAAGAAUAAAUCAGCCAUUUUCAACAGUUUAUAUUAUUUUUAAAAAUAAAUUUCACUAGUGCAUGGUUUUAAAGGAAAGAGAAUGCAACAGGGUGAUACAAAGACACACCACGUUUAUCAUUCUUUAAACCAGUCAUGGUCUGUAUUUUUGCAGACUUAUAUUAAAAAUAAAAAAUAAUUUCUAGCAAAUAUUUAAAAUUCUGUUUAUGUGACAAGAAAUAAGUGUAAUAUAUUAAAUUUAUUUAAAUGUAAAAGGUACAAGCCUUGUAAAGUUCAACAUAAUGUGCAAAUUGUACACUUCUUUUACCUCCUCCUUUCUCUAUCUCUCCUCCCAGUCUCCCUUCUUCCUUUUGCUCUUUUUCCCCUCUACCUCCCAGGAUGAUCAGCAUAUUCUAAAAUGGCUACCUUUUGACUUAUUACUCUCUUAUGCCCCAUAUUUGGUUCAGGGUUGCAGAUUGUUCUGCAUUUCUGAAUUAUUUGAGAAAAAUAUUGUUUAAGAACUUACUUUUUUUCAAGCAUGUUGAAAAGGAUUUUGCAACAUGGCUUGGGAGUACAUUAAUGUAAUUCAGCAUGUAUUUGAUAAAGAAGAUAUUUGAACUUUUUGCAAUUUAUUGUACAGUGCAUGGUAACUUAUUUUCAUUUUUUUCUCACCUUCAAAUUGAAUUCUACAGCAAAAUACUGGAAUCAUGUGGCCAUUGUAAGAUGUCUUCAAUAAAUUUGUUUUCAGCACCAGCAUCUUUCAUUCAAAGACUGAACUAUCAUUUCUUGAAGGUUUUUGGAAAGAGAAAAAAUUAAGUACCUGGUUGAUUUUUAGGAAAUAAAUUUAAGCACUUUUAUUUGCACUAAACUAAAUUGAUUGCUACGUUUUUGAGAUUACAAAAGCAACAAAGGUUACUAAUUCAGACAGUUCUUCUGCUGUAAAGUUCAAUUUUCAUAAAUUACAUUUGCAUUGCAAAAGACAUAAUUAGGUAAUAUCAGUCUGGAAAAUAACAGUCUUUGGUUUGUAAAAUAGCCUUAAAGAAAGCUUAUCAGUACCACUCUGACAGCUAUUUGACACCAUUACCAGAACCUCGCUGCAGUUAAUGCAUCUUCAAAAACCUGUUUUUUGUAGCAUACAGUAACUACCAUUGGGUGGUGCUGCAAGUUCAAGCUUCUCAUUAAAUUAUGUUGUUUAAAGGGAAUGUAACUGGCUAACAUUUAAUAACAAAUAUCCUUUUUUUUCUUUCUGGGUUUUUGUAUGCCUUUAAUACCUACUUAAGGUUUAUUAUUGAAACCUUGCAAUAAAUUUUGAAGUAUAUAUUGCAUUUACCUUUAAGGCCACACAGAAUUAUUCUGAUUUUAUUUGAAAAAUCUACUGAAGUUUCCCAUUAAAAAAUUGUAGAUGCCUCGUAAGAGGGCAAAGGUAAUAACAGUAUCACUUAUAAUGCCUUUUACUUUGUGCAAUAUCAUAGAAAUCGAGAUUGUGUCUUGUCUGCAGAGUUUAUAUAAUGGAUUAUUGUUAAGUUAAUAGACAGACUGGUAAAAUUAUAUUUAUUGAAAUAAUUUAGACAUCUGUCUACCAGCAGCAAAUAAAUACUACUAACAUGCAGUCUACAAUAUCCCCUAGGAUAUAAACAAAAAUAACAUAACCAUUUUCCUGACACUGUGAGGUGUGCUCACACAUUCUUGUAUACAUAGUCCUAUAUAAAUUACUUCAAAUUUUAAAAUCAAGGAGAUGACACAUGGAAGGUUUGUACAUACAUUAUGCAGUAUUUAUUUUAAAAAAAAAUUAAUGUAUUUUUUUUAAUUUUCACACGUCUGCAACUCUAAUUAUGGUUUAUUCAUGUAAAUAGCACUAUUCCAGUGAUCACUGCUGUCUUGUACAUAGUACGUUUUAAAAAGUUAAAAGGAAUUACAGUUGGGGGAAAAAGAAAAAAAAAAAAGGGCAGAUUAGGCCUGUCAUGAACACCAACUAAUGUAAAUCAAACUCAUUCUGGUGAUGGUAUUUAACACUUUAAAUAAAACAUUUUCUUUACAGAA